AAACAGCUCGGGGUUCAAACCUGAGCUGGUAAAAGUCAACUUAAAACUUGCGGUCGCCGUCGCCUCCACCUCCACCUCCACCUUCCCCUUCACUCUCGGAUUACAGCGGUGCGUCAGAGACAUUUCACUCGCGAUAAUCUUCUCAGAAGGGAAGUUACCAAUAUUUGAUUUCGGCAGGUAGUAGAAGAACAGGGAUGGUGAAACCGGUGUCAGCCACUUGUUCCAAAGUAUAAAUGUGCUGAUAAGGCGAUUUUAUAAGUGGACCGCCGGUGACACGACGACAGAGGCUACCUGGCAACUGUGUAAAUUAAUUACAAGAUGAGUUCAGACGAGCAAAUGGCACCACUGUCUCCCAAGACAUCACCCGCCACACCAAGCAUGACACCAUUUACACAACGGAAAGAGAGUAAUUCCUCGUCAGAAGACAACAAACAGGAGAGCUGGGAGGUGGUUGAAGAUUUGCGGGGAUUAACAGAAAAUAUUCAGGAGCCUGAGAAGCAGGAAGGUUUGCUGUUGAAAAAGAGGAAGUGGCCAAUGAAAGGCUGGCAUAAGAGAUAUUUCCUGCUCGAAAGGGGGAUUCUUACAUAUGCCAAGACUGGGACUGAUCUAAAGAAGGGAAGGUUACGAGGUCGCAUUGAUGUUGGUCUCUCUGUCAUGGCCAUGAAGAAGAAGUCAAUGUGCAUCGACUUGGACACUGAGGACAGUAUCUAUCACCUCAAGGCAAAGACUCGAGAUCUGUUUGAAAAGUGGGUGACGCAACUACGUCUUCAUCGAAUGUUCCGUCAGAACGAGAUAGCUAUGGAGCCUCCCGAGCGACACCUGCAAUCUGACUCCGUCUCCAACAGACGACGUUCAUUUCAUUCCAAGCAGCCUUUAGCCCUUUUGAAGAACAGCUGGCUCCAAAACUCACAAGACAUGGAGAAGUGCUGCAAAGAUCUGUCGGAGUGUGAUACUUCGUUGCUGGAAUUAAAUCUUCUUCUGAAAAAUAUGGAAGUUCUUCACCGAGCGUUCUCGGCUCCUGCCAUUAACUUUCUGCAGACUGAAGGCUCCAAAAAAGAGAAACGAGGACACAAAAAAUGGAGAUCAAAGAAUUAUAGCAAGGAAAAUAAAAGUGCGUUACAGCAGAAUCCUGACACUUCAUCUUCCCGUCUGCACGUAUCUCAUCCAAACUUGGUAUAUUCAGAGCCCGUUUCACCAGACUCAUGCCUGGAUAGUCCAGACUCGCCCACGGAAGCCUCUCGGAUGCAGGAGGAGUUCUUUCGACUCGCUGCCACUAUCAAUUCCACUCUUAGGUCAGCGUAUACUUCCCUUUGCUCAGAAAGAGACAGAGUCAGGAACACAUUAGAUCGUAUCAGUGAGAAGGAUGUCCUUGAUGGGUCACGCCCUCUGCUGCAGCAAGUGUCCAGUGAGAGUCGAGGGUCAAUCCCAGAGUCCUUAUCAGAGUUCUUUGACGCUAAAGAGUAUCUGCUGUCUGGCAGUUCGUCUGAGAAUGAGUUGUCUGAUGAUGAUUCGUACGUCAGUGAUGUGAGUGACAGCACAUCAGUAGAGUAUUGCAGGAAUGAGAACGGCUGCAUGAGGGAGAAUUUUGGUAAUGGCAAUGAGAGUGCAGUGAUGAGACGAGGCCGUUUGCCAAGUCCACGCGUGAACGAGAGCGUGAAUCUGUGGAGUAUUCUGCGCAGUAACAUCGGUAAAGACCUGUCGAAAGUGGCCAUGCCCGUCCAACUCAAUGAGCCCAUGAACACUCUGCAGAGACUGUGUGAGGAAGUUGAGUACUGCCACCUGCUGGACACCGCUGCAAACACACGCAACCCACACAUGCGCAUGGUAUAUAUAGCAGCAUUUGCUGUGUCAGCCUAUGCAUGUUCGUUCACUAGAGCUGGAGGAAAACCCUUUAAUCCUAUACUGGGAGAGACAUACGAGUGUCUUCGGCCAGAUAAGGGCUUCCGCUUCAUUGCUGAACAGGUCAGUCACCAUCCACCUGUGUCCGCUUGUCACUGUGAGUCCAAAAGCUACACAUUUUGGCAAGAUAUCCGUUGGAAGAAUAAGUUUUGGGGGAAAUCAAUGGAGAUUGUUCCCAUGGGAGUCACUCACUUAGAGUUGCCAGGUUUUGGGGAUCGAUAUGAGUGGAGUAAGGUCACUUCAUGCAUUCAUAACAUUCUAAGUGGUCAGCGCUGGAUCGAACACUAUGGGGAAAUGUCAAUCAAGCACUCAAACAUGAUGGGAGAUGUCAGUCAUUGCAAAGUCACUUUCCUUAAGUCGAGAUCUGGAGGUCUGAAUGCUAAUGAGGUAGAGGGUGUGGUCACUGAUUCAGAGGGGCGUGUCAUUCACUCUCUGUUUGGCAAAUGGAACGAGGCCUUGUACCUUGGAAAACCGCCCUCGGCAACCUGCAUCUGGAGAGCAAAUCCUAUACCUGAGGACCACGAGCUGUACUAUGGAUUCACCCAAUUUGCAAUUGAGCUAAAUGAAUUGGAGGAGAGUUUAAUGCCACUCUUGCCCCUGACGGACACUCGUUUUAGACCCGACCAAAGAUUACUUGAAGAGGGUGAUCUUGCCGGAGCAGAAGAACAGAAAGAAAGAAUUGAAGUCCUUCAAAGAGAGAGGAGGAGAGUCCUGCAAGAAAAUAACAUGACACACUCACCCCGAUUUUUCAAACGUGCUGAAGACGACUCGUGGGUGAGCAAUGGCACUUACUGGGACCUCAGGAAGGACCCUGGGUUCAGCAAACUAGAAUUCCCUGUGCUCUGGUGACCAUUCUCUUUCUGCUCUGAUUGUAUAUAUAUAUUGUGUGUACUGUGUUUAUCUUGAUGGUUUUUGUAUUGGUAUUUAUCUUUGCUAAACAGACAUUUAUUCCACAAUAUAGAUACACAUCAAUGCCUUACUUGUCAAACUGCCUUGUUGAUGUUACAUGCAAAAGCACAGACCAAAGACUGUUGUACAGUAAGUGCCUGGAUAUAAUUAAUGCAUUUAUAAUUAAUAAGUAAAGGAGAAAAAAUCAUCUUAUUAAUUAAUCAAAUAAAGUAAGAUUUAAGAUUGAUUUAGAAUUUUAAAGACAAACACUUAAGAUCACCCUAAAAUAAAUAAGAUUUUUUUUUUUUUUUGUAAAUUAAGCUUAUUUUUGGACCAUAAUGAUUUUUAAAUUUUUGCAUUAUUGAUUUGAUUUUUUUUUUUUUUUUUGCUUUCAUUCCCAUUACUGUAAUCUGAAAAAUUGUAGAGUAUUUAUACAACAUGGUAGUAUUUGUUGUACUGCCUUUUAUUAUAUUGGCACAAAAUAUUGUAAGAAAUUAAAUAUAAAAAGUUCUACAGUAAUGAGAAUUUUGGGGUACUUAAUUAUCAUGAAAGUAAUAUUCAAACAAUUUUUUAAAAAAAAUAAAUUGUGGUCCUAAAAACAGGCUUGAUGUUCUUUUGUGCAAGAUAUAAUUUCUUAUUUAUAUCUCUCUUUUUUUCCUUAAAUAAUAAUUGAUUUUGAGUGAAAUCUAGACUGAAUAGCUUAAAGAGAUUUACCCCAGGGUACUAUAUUCAAUGUUUGAAAGCCACAGUUCAUCAAUUACUGACUCUUAAAAUCCACUCCGGCAUUCUAGAAAUAUAUAUAUAUGUCCAUAAAUAUUUUUGCACAGGGAUUUGUCUUUCUUUAAAGGGAUAUUAAUAGAAAACGAAUGAAAAAAUAUAUAAAAUGUUUAAAAUAAAUUGUCUAAAACAAUGAUUGUGUACUGGAUGGAAAUUUUAUGUCAUGUACAUGCCUGUCCUCCUUUUUCUGUGUAUGUAUGUAAAAGAGAGAGAGCGAUAUUCUGUGUGUGCUCAUGUGGUAUACCAUGUUACACUUGAAAACUGUUGUCCUGUUUCUGUAAAUUGUGGGUUUGGUGUUUUAGAUGUGAUAAACACAACCUUUCUUUUCUUAGUCAGUGACAUACUUUCAAAAGAAUUUAAACAGAUCUGCGACUGUUGCUUUCAGAGGAUUGGAAACAAAUUGCAUCAGUGUAUGACUGACCACAUGUUUGCUUUGCACAAUAAAUGUAGU